CGGGCUUCUAUGUAACCACAUUGUAGUUGUGAGAGAUUUUAGUGUUUGUGAAAGCUGGUCUUAGCCCCGGGGUUUUUAAUUGUAUUAUGUAUUUUAAUUAAAUUUUACACUUAGGGUUGCGGUUAAAAUGGUCGAAAUGGAAGAGUCGUAUGAGGGUUGUCUAGAUUUUGUUUUAAGUCCGCAGAUUGAACCGUCUGACAAAAUGUACCCAGGUACUCCAGUAGAAAAUUUUAAUAAAUCCGAAAGUCGUCGGGGCCGGCCGAAAGCAGCUAUGAUAUCGAAUCUUAUCUUGGAAGGAAGUAUUUCAAAAAAUGGUAUAAGAUGUGACAUUUGUUCCAGAGUUUUCCCCAGGGACAAAUCUCUUCAAGCUCACAGAAGAGUUCACACAGGUGAAAGGCCCUAUUCAUGUGAUUAUCCUGGUUGUACGAGGAAAUUUAAACAAAGUGGUCAAUUAAAGACUCAUCAAAGGCUACACACUGGGGAAAGACCAUUCCUUUGUUCUGCUGAAGGGUGCAACAGUAGGUUCACCCAUGCAAACAGGCAUUGCACAUCUCAUCCAAAUGCAACACUUAUUAGAUGUGAUGACUUUGCACUUCUUGAUUCUUCUGAAUCUAAUCAGUCUGAAGAAGUAAAACAAUGGCUAUUAAAGUAUCGUGCUGAACGACGAGAAGCAAGAUCUUCAGAUAAAAAGAGAAAUGAUUCGCCGCGUAGGGAUAUGACACCAACAUUAAGCGACAUGACAAAUGUUGAUAGAGAAAACAGGACCCCGGGACAAACAAGUCGAAAGUCUCUUUUCGGCACACCCGAUUCUCCCCGUAAACGUGAAUUACCCAAGAAAAGGUGGUUAAGGAUAGCCAGUCGAGAACAAGAAAGUCUGGCCAAUUUGAAUAGACCCACAGUUCUAAGACAUGCUGGCUGUUUAUCGCCACCGCCUUCUGGCAACAACACCUUCCAGUGGCUAAGUUCUCCUACCUGGGCAACAUCAACUCCAAUACGCAAUUGUGGGCCCCCAACACCUCCACAUUCCGCUGAGAGGCACAUAAAAAUCGAAGAAGAAGUACAAGAGAUACUUGCUGUUCCCCUCCCAAACGACAGCUUCAAUUCCAGUUUUGAAAUUCAUCAUCACAUAGAAUCAUUCAAUGAUCAAGUUUUCAAUAUUGAAUAUGCUGCUUAAAUUUUGGAGUUGUUAUGUUAUUGAUUUUGUUUUGACACAUUUAUAUUUUAUUCAUAAAACAAGUAUGCCAUCGGGUGUAUGCUAAACUAGUGAAAACACUCUGAAAUUUGACUUUUUACAACUGUAAGAGAUUAUAUUAAUCCACACAUUGUAAAUAAUUUAUUUCGAUCAUAUCUUUCUAACUUAGUUUAAUAAAUAUUUCAUGAUUUUAUAGAAUGCAGGUUCAAUACCUAAGUUAAUUAAUAAUUUUCAAUCAAAAAAACAAUACUUAAUUUUGUGAUUUUUCGUUUACAUUUGUUCCAGAGGUACCACCAAACCUAUCCUAACUAAAGUGGGGAGGUCACUAAUCAUUCUGUGAUUCAUCCCUCCCCCCCCCCCAUCCUUGUUUCACUACUUUGCCAUACACCUGUUGAUUUUUAAUCAUUCUUUUAAUAUUUGUUACAAGGUAGCUUUGUUUAUUUAUCAUUUUAUUAUCUUUGAUAAUCUGGUAUUUCAAAUUUUUUAUAUUAAUCAUCUUGGUGUUUUGAAAAAGUGGUUUCAGAUUUUUUUCCAAUUUCUACUUAAGUUAGUAUUGUUAUUACUGGGCUUCCUAAGUUACUAUGUUAUUCCUGUGUAAAAUGGUCCUACAAGGGCCAGUUUCGUUUUUACGAACGAAAAAUGCAAAUGCCUUAAAUUAUUGUAGUAUAUACUAAACUAUAAAUUUAGUUUGUUUCCCUAACAUUGUAUUCAUAGAUGUAUCUGAGUGCGUACAUGAAGAUUUAUGAUUGUUUAAUUAAAGAAAUCUUGGCGGUUUUUGACAUCACUAUUAGUUGCUUUUUUAAUGGUUGAUGUCUUCCUGGUAUAUUUAAUUUCUAUCUACUUAAGUUUUAAAAACUCUAUUAAUAAAAGUGUUUCUCUUUUCCUUUGCAUUAUUGUAAAUGAUUUAAUUUAAUUAAUAUUAUUUUUUUCAAGUUAAUUUAUUUAGAAGUUAUAAUGAUUUAAUUUAAUUUUUAAAAAUGCACUUUAAACAACUUUUACUUUUUUACUGUUUCUUUAUUUUAGGUCGUAUUCAAAUUAAACUCAUUUACAGAAUGUAAUAUAUUGAUUUGAUUUAUAAUUUUUGUCAACUAAUAUUUAGUAACUGUAAGGAAUGUUUAAUAUAUUUUUAUGAUUCUAAUUUUUUAUUUACCAGAAGAAUAAUAUGAGAAAUUCUGGAAUUAAAACAUAAGUACAAAAUACCCUUAUAUAAAAUGUAAUUUUUAGUACAAAACAUUUGUUUGUAAUAUAUUCCUAUGUUUGGUGUAUAACUAAGAUUUCAAAGUUGUCAAUUUUGUAGCAUUUGUUUGUGGUAUCAAAAUUAAGUGAUUUGUAAUUUUAUUCUAAAUUUUUGUUAUCAUUGUUGAGUGAUCAUUGUAAUGUUAAACUGUUGUUCCUUUUUUUUUUUUUAACUUUUUUAUUGUAUUUUUUGUAUCGUAAAAUUUGAUAUUGUGUAAAAUAAAAGAAUGCUUAAGCUUUGGUUGAUCCAGGCUAUAGCAACAACCAAAGAUGCCUGAUUGAAAAAAUAAAAUAAAUGAUAUUAUAGUUUUAUGGUUGUUAUUGUAUGAGUAUUUCAUUUUGUUUGUUUUUUUAACUGUGAUAGAGCAAAGAAUCUCGAGUAAUCAUCACAGUUUAUUUGAUGAGGUCAAAUAUUGUUAUCCAAAUCUUUAUGAUUUGGAAAGUCUUGAGAUGUAAACCUAUUUAGAAUAAAUAGGUAUUAAAGUAUUUUUAUGGGUUCUAGUCCCAAGUUUUGUUUUAAGUCAGAGAAUAAUGUUUUAAAAACUUAUGUACAAAUUGUAUAGGAUUUAAAAAAAAAAAGUAUAUGUGAGAUUAAAAGAUUUAUCCUUGUAUAUUAAUAAAUUAAUUAUGAUUGCGCUUUAUUUACUGUCUAACAUUGUAUAUUUUUUAUUAAUUGUAUUUGUGAAUCUAAGCACAAUAAAAAAUUAUGCACAAAGAUUUUAUUGAAUGUGUCUUAUUUAUUUUAAU